AUGAACAGGCGAACCUCUAGACGGAACACCAGGGGUCGUUCCUCUUCUUCCUCUUCCCGCUCCUCCACGUCCUCUUCCAACAGCAGUUGCACCAGAAGCUCUAGUGAAUCUGAUAACUCACGAGACUUCAAUCUACAGCUCUCACGUAAAGGUCUAAUCCUUCGUUCCGUUCCCUUGGAUGGUAACUGUUUGUUUUCCGCGUUUGCCGAUCAACUUACUGGCGAUGUCCGUGACCACACUCGUUUACGGGAUGAGGCUGUCAGCUUUCUCCGUACCCAUUCUCACGAAAUGCGCCCCUUUUGUGACGACAGAUCUUACAAGCACAUGCUGCGAAAGCUAGCUGAAACAGGGACUUACGGAGAUCAUAUGUCGAUUGUGGCGUUGGCUCGGGUUAAUCGAGUUGAUGUGAUCGUUCAUCGCCUGGGUCAACCACCUCGCCUUGUUGCUCGCGGUUGCACGUCUUCCUCAUGUGCACACUCUCAAAUUCAUCUCGCUUACAACGGCGAUAUAGAACACUUUUCUAGCGUUCGAAUUCGUAAUGGGCCGCCCACUGGUCCGGCUAAUGUGUAUAUGGACUUGAGGCUGUUAGAAAAGGAAGCUUCGAGGUCUCUGAGUCAUUGCCAUCGCCGGAGUGAUAGUGAACAUCACGAACAUCAUCACUGCGAUCAUGGGAAUCGUAAAAUUUCCCACAAACUGAUGCUCACAAAUUAG